CCAUACCAUAACGACUUGUGAUAUGCAAGUAACCAUUUUUGUUCUUUUGACGUUUUCUUCCUAAACCAAAACGAAAACUUCACCUCUCUUAUUUCGGCAAAAUUUGACCCCUCACAAAUUUCCAAGCGCCUCUUUCCAGUGAUCUUUGUCACUUCCCUCCCCAACCCAAAAAAAAAAAAAAAAAAAAAAAAAAAACAAAGGCAGAAAUUCCACCAUAUCUAUGCAUUGCAUAAACUCCAGUUUCUAAAAAUACAAAAAUAUGUAAAAUUCAAAAUGAAACCGCCUUAAGCAGCUAAUCAUAAUUACUUGUCCAAAUCUCACCCAAUCCUGAUCCCUCCCUCCCUUUCUUUUUCUCUUUUAGAUCCGUCAUUCUUGUUACCGAUAACAAUUCAUUGCAUGUGAAGUUUGAUUUCGAAUCGAGUGUUAUCCAACUCUCUUCACAAUCUUUUCUAGGCUGUGAUUUGGUAAGAGAUAGGCAAUGACGAUAACGGAAUUGCCGGCGACGAUAGCUUCGGGUAAUGAAAACGUCAACUCCGAUCCUAAUCACGUGGUUCGGAGAAGACGUGGCAGUAACGGUUAUGAGGAGGCUAGUGCAGCAAUGAACAGUUCGGACGGAUAUGGAAGGGACGCUGAUGGUGGUGUUGCCGUCAAUGGCGAGGAAAGCAAAUCGGCGUAUAAAUAUUCAUACAGGGCGUCGGCACCAGCUCACAGGAGAAUCAAGGAGAGUCCUCUCAGCUCCGAUGCCAUUUUCAGACAGAGUCAUGCAGGCCUGUUCAAUCUCUGUGUGGUGGUGCUGAUUGCUGUUAACAGCAGGCUGAUUAUCGAGAAUUUGAUGAAGUAUGGCCUGUUAAUUAGAGCUGGCUUUUGGUUUAGUUCGAAGUCUUUACGGGAUUGGCCGCUUCUAAUGUGCUGUCUCAGUCUCCAACUUUUGCCUCUCACUGCUUUCCUUGUGGAGAAGAUGGUGCGGCAGAGGCGUAUGACUGAGCGUGUGGUGGUCAUUCUUCACAUAACUAUAACAACAGCUGCCAUUUUGUAUCCAGUUCUGGUCAUUCUUAAGUGUGAUUCUGCUUUUCUGUCUGGUGUCAUAUUGAUGCUGGUUGCUUGUAUUGUAUGGAUGAAGCUGGUUUCUUAUGCGCAUGCAAAUCACGAUAUGAGACAGCUUGCAAAGUCUAUGGAUAAGGCUGAAACUUCAGAUGGGGAUUACUCUUAUGAUGUUAGCUUCAAGAGUUUGGCUUACUUCAUGGUUGCUCCUACAUUAUGUUAUCAGCUUAGCUAUCCCCGCACUCCAUGCAUUCGCAAAGGUUGGGUGGCCCGGCAAUUCAUCAAGUUGGUAAUAUUUACAGGAUUGAUGGGAUUUAUCAUAGAACAGUACAUUAACCCAAUUGUACAAAAUUCACAACAUCCUUUGAAAGGAAACCUUUUAUAUGCCAUCGAGAGGGUAUUGAAGCUUUCGGUUCCAAAUUUAUAUGUCUGGCUCUGCAUGUUUUACUGUUUCUUUCAUCUUUGGCUAAAUAUACUUGCCGAACUAUUAUGUUUUGGUGAUCGUGAGUUCUACAAGGAUUGGUGGAAUGCCAAAACAAUUGAUGAGUACUGGAGAAUGUGGAAUAUGCCUGUUCAUAAGUGGAUAGUUCGUCACAUUUAUUUUCCAUGCUUAAGGAACGGAAUUCCAAAGGGGGUCGCAAUAUUGAUUGCUUUCCUUGUAUCUGCUGUUUUCCACGAGCUGUGUAUUGCUGUUCCUUGUCGCCUUUUCAAGUGGUGGGCGUUCAGUGGAAUUAUGUUCCAGGUUCCUUUGGUCAUUCUCACAAACUUCUUACAAAAUAAGCUCCAAAGCUCGAUGGUGGGGAAUAUGAUGUUCUGGUGCUUUUUCUGCAUUCUUGGUCAGCCAAUGUGUGUGCUUCUGUAUUACCACGACGUGAUGAAUAGAAAAAGCAGUGCACGUUAAGCUUCAUCCUGAGGAUGAUUCGUUGUGUGGUCGAGUAUUUAAGUUUUGGAUUCCAAGCUCCAUGCUACUGUUUCUUAGAGGACAGUGGUCAUCCACUAGCAACAAACAUUGCUGAUGAUGUGUUUCUGGCAAGGCAUUCCUGCUAUUUCCUCAUCACUCCAAAUGAUAUUCAGAUGAUACAAAAUUAUCUGUUCUGAAUGCACGACUCAAGGGGACGACAAGUGAUGGUGAUAUCUAACAUUUUAUUGCUUUCUCCAUGUCAGGGAAAUGUAAAAUACUAUCUUGAGGUACCUGCUCUUGUUAUAGUAGUCCUUGUCGCCUCUAAUUUCUCAUUCAUCUGUUCUGCUUGAAGCUGGCUGUGACUCUAGCAUGAAAUGUAAAUAAUUACAGAUAAACAUAGCUGAUUGUGAAACAAAAUCUUGGAGGAAGUGGAAAUCAUACUUUUCUUAAGACCAA